AUGGGACGGAAGCAGGACCUCAUUGUCGGAUACGCGAUGCCGCCGACCAUAGCUCAAGACGCAAAGGUGAUCCAAAUCGAUCCCUCAGCUGCUGAGAUCGCCCGAAACCGAGGUGUCGCUGUGGGGAUACACGGUGACGUCGAGGCUGUCGCGCGCCAGAUGGCCGAAGAGGCAUCCAAACAGGAUAUUGUCUCCUACGACGGUGGCGAUUUCUGUCACUUUGGAAGGGCCUAUUCGCCCGCACUCUCACCCAAGACCUGGUGGUAUCUGCCGCCGUUGGGGAUGCUCGGGCAGGCUCUGCCGACCGCGAUAGCGGCCAAGGCCGCCUACCCCGAACGCCGAGUGUUCAUGUUCACCGGAGACGGAGCGUUCGGGUUCAACGCGAUGGAGUACGAUACCGCCGUUCGGCACAACCUGCCCAUCGUAGGCAUCAUGGGGAACGACUCGGCGUGGGGCAUAGACCGGCAGAUCCAGGUUGGAGUGUACGGCAAGGCUGUUGCUACCGAUCUCUUGCCCUCCCGGUACGAUCAGGUCGUGCGGGGUCUGGGAGGACACGGGGAGUUGAUCGAGCAUCCCGACGAGCUCGAUUCGGCGAUUGAGCGGGCAAUCAGGCUUGACAGGCCGGCAUUGCUCAACGUCCGCGUACAAAACGCGAUCAGCCCUCGCGCCCAGGCGGCCAUCAACCGCUGGAAGAGCCACACACCACAGCCGAUUUAG